UAUAAUCAUUGACUUUCUGUAAAAAACAAAAAUUUGAAAGGCUGUAAUAAUUUAUUUGUAAAGAAAGAAGACCCUGUUUUCUACCUUCUUCAUUUCCUGGAAAAGGGAAACCAAAUGUCUACUAGAGAAGAAGUUAAGGAAACAGUGGGACAUAUCUCCAACGAUGGGAACUUGAACAUGGAUCAAGUACAAACCUCCAGAAGAGGCUGUUUUUCAGUUCGAUACAUGCUGGCCUUCAUUUUGCUACUCUGUAAUUUUUCUGUUCUCACCCAAAACAUGAGCUUAAACAUUGCCAUCCCAGCAAUGGUUAACAUCACAGCUCUGCCCAGCAGCCCCAAUACCUCUACAGAAGGACCCCCCAUUGUUUCCAAGGACAACUGGAAUGAAACCCAGAAAGAAAUUAUGGCAAUGGCCCCAGUGUAUGACUGGAGUCCUGAAAUCCAGGGAAUCAUUCUCAGCUCCAUCAACUAUGGCUCAUUUUUGACUCCCAUUCCCAGUGGCUAUAUAGCUGGAAUAUUUGGAGCCAAGUAUGUGGUCGGAGCUGGCAUAUUUAUUUCAUCAGUCCUGUCUUUAUUCAUCCCACUGGCAGCUGAUACUGGGGUGGCCUUGAUCAUUAUCAUUCGGAUUAUUCAAGGAAUAGCACAGGUUAGUGUAUCAACAGGCCAAUACUCAAUUUGGAUCAAAUGGGGUCCCCCACUGGAAAGAAAUAAACUUAUCGCCAUAGCAAACUCAGGGUCAUUGCUGGGAUACAUCAUCAUUCUUCUCACUGGUGGUGUCCUUUGCCAGACUGUAGGAUGGUCUUAUAUCUUCUAUAUUUUUGGUGGAGUGGGCUGUGUCUGUUCUUUUACCUGGUUUUCUCUUUUUUCUGAGAAACCCAGAAAUCAUCCAUUCAUCAGCACGGCUGAGAAGGAGUACAUCGAAUCUUCACUGGCUCAAGAGGAUGGCCCACCAGGAUGGUCAGUUCCCAUUAAGGCUAUGCUCAAAUCCAUACCGCUUUGGGUCAUUUUAAUUUGUAUUUUCUGUGAAUACUGGCAAUUUCAUGUCCUUAUAGUAUACUUACCAACAUACAUCAAUUCGGUACUUCAAGCUGACUUAAAAACUAGUGGAUUCCUGUCAGCCCUGCCAUUUGUUUUUGGACUUGUCUUCAUUAUACUUGAAGGUCAGUUGGCAGAUUUCCUGCUUUCCAGAAAGCUUCUUAAACUUAACACAAUCAGGAAACUCUUCACAGCUAUAGGAGUUCUCUUUUCAAGUCCUUUCCUCUUGUCUCUUUAUUGGGUGAGAUCCAGCCACAGCACCACGAUGGCCUUCUUUGUACUGUCCGCUAUCUUCAGCAGCUUCAAUGAACUAGGAGUGUUAAUUAAUGUCAUCGAUAUUGCUCCACGGUAUGUUUCCUUUCUCAAGGGAGUAUCAGAAGUCUUUAGUAACAUGGUUGGAGCCAUUUCUCCUGCUGUUUCUGGAUAUUUAAUCAGUCAGGACUCGGAGUUUGGUUGGAGAAAUGUCUUCUUCCUCUCAACUGCUAUUAACAUAGUGGGCUUGAUCUUCUACGUCAUCUUUGGCCAAGCAGAGAUCCAGGACUGGGCUAGAGAGGACACAUUCACCCGCUUCUGAGAAAAAUGAGAGACACCUUAGAUCCUGAUGUUUAUUUGUCCAUUGUUUAGCUUCAUGGAAAUUCUACUUUAGUUCCUGUGUGACUGGUUAGCCAUUUUAUUUGAAUUGACUAUCCAACAUCUUCUUAGAGAUCUUGGCCUUCUAAUACUAAAGGUUCUGCCUGAAAAUUUUAUAGGGGAUGGGGAGAAAAAAGACUACUUACUUAACUGUGAAUUCCUGAAGACAUAGACUCGCAUGUUCUUCCAUGUGCUUGCCAUUCUUUUCAGUUACUGUAAGAUACUAAGAACUAUGUAAUUGGUUUCUCCAUCCAGUUUCUUAUGUAGAGCUCUUGAAAGAUGCAAUUUCCUAGGGAGUAUGCUGCCACCAGCAGGUCAAUCUGUACCUGUGCGGCGAGUGCAUCAGCAGCCUGAUGGCACCUUCAGAAUUCCAGAUACCCCAAAAUUGCUGCUGUGACUUUGGCCAGACCCCAAAAACUUGGGGCAAAGUUUACCAAGAAAGUAAAUGGCCAAAAGUUAGAUAUGUGGGAAACACACCCACAAACCACCUCCGGCUCAGCUAUGUAAUUGGAGGUAUGGCCUCUCUGGUUCCUGAUAGGACUGCUUAACGGCCAUGAUCCCAGAGACUCAGAAACAAAUCUUGAAACCCAAUGGCUUUUGGCAGAAAUGUGUCCGGUCCUUGCAGUAGGUUACUGGCACCAGGCCACUCCAGGUGGGAAUAGGUUUCGUGCCUUGGCCAGUUCUCCCUGGUGGCCUGGUGGCCGUCAUCCUCCAGAGGCCACUGGGCAGUCAGGUUUGGGCCAGCAGUGACAAGACACUAGGGGCCUCACAGAAUGGGAGUGGAGGUGGCCUUUUCCUCCCCGUCCCAAUGAGACCCGGAGUCACUGCCCACAAAUGGUCUCUCUGGCUCCUGAUCAAGCUACUUAAUGGUCAUGAUCACAGAGACUCAGAAACAAGUCUUGAAACCCAGCGGCUUUUGGCAGAAAUGCGUCCGGACCCCGCAGUAGGUUACUGUUGCUGUGUCACCCUGGGGAGGAAAGUGUACUGUCCCUCCACCUGCUUCUCGUUGGCGGUUUGGUAGCUGCCAUCCUCCAGAGGCCAUUGGAAGUUGGGUUUGGGCCCUCUGUGACAAGACACAUAGGGUCUCAUGGGAUGGGGGUGGAGUCGGCCCUCUCCUCUGCACCCCAAAAAGAUCCCGAGUUGCUGCCCAUGACCAGCCUCUCUGGCUCCUGAUCAAGCUGCUUAAUGGCCAUGAUCCCAGAGACUCAGGAACAAAUCUCAGAACCCAGAAGGUUUUGGCAGAAAUCCCUCCAGAUUUAAUUGUUAAAAUUUCGGAAUUUCAAAAUUGUGCAGCCACUACUGCAGUCGUGCGACAUCAUAUGUUACUCAUAACCAGCAAUAGAAAACAAAUUGUCUACUGUUGCCUUUUCGCAGAUCUGAGUGUUUGGGUAAAAAUCCCAAAUAAUAAUUGUGGGUCUGGUGUCAAAAUAUUGAAUGUAAUCAAAGUAGAGAGAGAGAGAGUAAUGUGGAAAUCAUCUGCUCCACAGGUAGGGAGAGGGAUUGAAAUGGGGGUAUACUGGGGAUUUUGGUGGUGGAGAAUGGGCACUGCUGAAGGUAUGCCUGUUUCAUUGUAUGACUGAGACUUAAACCCGAAAGCUUUGUAACUGCUCUCACAGUGAUUCAAUAAAUAAAAUGUUAAAAAGUGAAAAAAAAAAAGUAAGAUGGAGUUCAUGCCCAAUUCAAUCAGCCUAAUCAAUGGCUGAAUAAAUAUCAGUACUCCUAACAUAAACAAACAAACAAAACAAAAGAUACAAUUUCCUGAGGAAAAUGCCUUAUAAAGACAUUUUAAUUUUAAUUUUAAUAUUUCUUCUUAGCCUGUGUCUUCCCCCCCAAUGCUUUUGCUUGAAUAACUAAAGAAAGUUGUAUCUGUGUUCACAGCAUUUCUCACCCCAAAUGUAUGCUUUUCCA